GAAUCAGCAGCGGAGAAUCUGUGCUGCCAACUAUCUCUGGUAAGGGUUUCGAUGCGAUGUGCUCGGUAACUUUGCCGCUGCACUCGCUCAAAAUUGCCCACUGUGAGACAGGGAGACGGGCUUGCAUAACAGCCUGCGUUGCGCGGUCCAGGCGGGAUAGAGUGCCGUCCCCUGUGCCGCCUCCAGCCCAUGCGACAAUCACUUGAUUGGCCGUCCUAGCCCCCCUUUUGAGCUUGUCCAGGUACUUUGGUUGUCCGCUCUUCACAAACGACUUGAUAAUAGUGUCCAGGUCCUCUGAAGCUGUCUGGCCCGAUAGGAAGAGGACAUCGCAAAGAGUGAGGAGGAGAAGAUGCUGGAUCGUCCGUUCCCCUGGGCCAGGAUUGUUUGCCAUCUCAACAGCUGCCUGGUAGGCGUCAUCGUUGCGGCCCUUUGGGAGCAUCGUUACGAUGCUGCUCGUCUCCAAACGCUUCAGGCAGCCUCUGUCUCGCCAUACUCGCUCGGCAAGUUUUUCCCACCUUGAUUGGGAGGCCGGUUGGGUCCUGCGAGGUGGCUCCUCAAAAGGGCGAUCUGGUUGGUCCGGUUGAUAGAAAAUAACUUGAAGGUCCAUAUUGGCUGCGUCGUGGUGGCCGCACGCGGGCGGGUGGU